GUGCACGUAGAGGGAGCGGAGGAGGGGGGGGGGAUGUCAAAGCCCUCCCUCCACAGGCGCGCACACUCUGCUGAUCCUUCUCUCCUCCAUUCAAACAUGGCGAAAGUCUUAAAGAUUACUCCUCCACCAACACUUCCACCUCCAUCGUACUCACCUUCAACCAAACAAGCACCGCCGCCAUCAUCUUCACCCUCCUCCUCUCCGGCACAGUGAUGACCCGGGAGGAUGGAGAAGUUGUCGGCGAGCCUGUCGGAGAUCUCCUGGAGCCCGUUAGCGCUGCCGUUGGACGCGGUGGUCAGCAAGUUCCGUCUGCCCACUCUGGUCCGCCUGGCCCACGGUGAAUGCGUUGAGGGUCUAUCAGAGGAGGAUGUGGUUCUGCUCCAUUCCUGUCGUCAGUGGACUACUGUGACGGCUCAUAGCUUAGAAGAAGGACACUACGUCAUUGGACCCAAGAUUGACAUCCCCCUACAGUACCAAGGGAAGUUCAAGUUGUUGGAUGAAGACCGAGACAUCAGGGAUCCAGUCCAGUAUUUCUCCAGCGUGGAGGAGGUGGCUGGAGUGUUCCCCGACCGUGUCUUUGUCAUGGAAACGGUCACGUUCAGCGUCAAGGUGGUUUCAGGGGAGUUCAGCGAGGACAGCGAGCCCUACAGCUUCACUCUGCAGGCAGGAGAUGAGCUGUCACUCAUGGGGAAGGCCGAGCUCCUAUGUGCCACGCCUACUAAGGAAAAGACCGGACUGAGCGCACUCUUGAGACGCCUGGGGAAGACCCCCCGAAGUAAAACUCCCUGUCUGGUGUGCAUGAACCAUCGUACCAAUCAGAGCGUCAGUCUGCCUUUUGCCUGCCGCGGACGCUUUUGCACACGCUCGCUGUUGGAGCAAGGCAUGCUGGGUGGAGAGCAUACAGUACGCAGCAUCAUUGAGAGGGUCCGCCUCCCCGUCAACGUGUCUGUGCCAUCACGCCCUCCGCGAAACCCUUACGACCGCCACGCCGUACGAGAAGGCCACCGCUACAAACUGCUCAACAUCGUCAGCAAGACAGUGGUACUCUGCAUGGUACGCCGCCGACAGGAAGUGUCGCCCUCUCACUUCCUGUUGCUACGCUGCAUGCCCCGCUUCAACGCGGCCGAGGCCUCCGUGCACACGGCGGCGCUGGAGAGCCUCCUUUUGCGAUACGCGUUCGACACAGACGCCUAUUCCCGCGCCGUGAGGGAAACCCGUCCGGAGUUGGAGUGUAUGACGGAGGAGUGUGUCAGCCCGCGGCGCUCACGCAUGUGUGUGGCGGCGCAGGACUCUUUGGCGCCGGCGCUGCAGCAGCUGACAAUGUGCGGAUACGGGGGCGGGGUUUCGGACAGCCUAUCACAGCGCUGUAGAGACUCUUUUGGGGUCCAGCUGGGGGAGGGGCCAGGCGAGGAACGGGAGUAUGUGACUCCGGAGUGGACUGAGGCUGAAAUGAGGAACAGUGAGGAAAUCCCCUAUGAGGAACUUUGGACCAAUCAGAACGCAGAGGGCCUAGGAAAGGAACCAAACCUUAUUUCCUUCCAUUCGUCCUCCUCGCUGGAUGGUUCGCUCGCUACCAUGGUGACCACAGUGGCUGCUCCGCCUCCUGUACCUCCAAAAUCUGAUGCUGUGCGAGAGGAGUGUCGCUAUUUGAUCGCUCCUCCAGUGCCUCCUCGCUGCUCCAAACUGGGUUCCAUCUCCAGUCCGGCUCCCAGUCCUCCCGUCCCCCCACGUUUUCCCAAGACUUCCACCUCCCCCAGGCCCAACCUCUCCUUCUACUCCUCAGGACUACAGGACAGCUGCUCACCUUCUCCAGACACUUCCCUCUACUGCUAUCCAUGUUCCUGGGCUGAUUGCCCCGCCCCCAACCCUACCAGUCCCGAUCCAGUCUCAGCCAUCCCCGCGGACGCCCCAGCAAUCUCUCAGACAGCACAAGCCACCUGGGCCGAACCGUGGGUGGACUCCUUCACCACUGGACCUCGACUGAGACCACCCCCCCCACAGAGUCGCUUUGCACCUUUUGGUGCUUUGAACCCUUUCAAUCGUCUGUCCCCUUGCCCGUCGCCCGAGCCUGCGGACGAUCCAGAUUCCUCUAGGGGUGCAGAGGGGGGCGGGAUCGAAGGUGUGGCCGCACCCGCCGACCCCACCUGGCGCCCCCCCUCUGACCUGUCUGCACUGUCGCUGGAGGAGGUGUCGGCGUGUCUACGUUUCAUCGGCCUCUCGGAGGCUGCGGUGUCUGUGUUCCAGAGAGAGCGAAUUGACGGCCGCCUCCUGGUUCAGCUGACUGAGGACAUCCUGUCACAUGACUUUCAUCUGAGCCGACUCCACGUCACCAAGAUCACACAGUUCAUACAAGGAUGGAGACCCAAGAUCUAACAGAAUUCUCCGUCCGCCAAUCAAUGGACUUCAGUGUCUCUAGCUCCGCCUUAAUGUGGUACAGUCCAGAUCACUUUCACAACUUUUUACAAUGAAAACACAUAAAACUAGCAUAGAGCUGAACCAAACUGCACGACAGGGCUAGAACCUAUUAGCCAUCUCAAAUGUGCCUUCCACGGUGUCCGAGUGAGACUUGAAUGCCUCUGACGCCUCAUUGGCUGUUGCAUCCAUACUUCUUCCUGUCCCAAACCCAAACUGGGAUUGGUUUCCAACAAUUGGCAUUCUAAGGAUGCCAAAUCAGGGCUUUGUCGCAGAUUCAGUUAUGCUACUAUACAGCCUAAAGACCACCCACACUGGGGGGAAAAAAUUCAUCGUCCUGACACUUUUUUAAAUCAGGUACAUUGCAAUAAAAAAAAAAAAAGUUAUUUCAUGACUCGCCAUAAUCCUGUGUUCUAACCUGCUCAACAUUUGAGGCCCUUGGUGUUGCUGAGUGACAGGAAGAAAAGCUCUCACUCUCAAUCAGGGAGAAUUCAUUUGGCGCCACCUGUUGAAUUCCAUGUAUAAUUCUCUUGACCACAGCUCAGUUGACACUGUUGUCAAAUGUUACGCAAUGUUGACCCCACUAGAGGCACUAGAAGUGGCAGAAACCUCAAAAAGAUAUUGUGAUGAUAUAAAAGAAAGAUUAAACCCCAGCUGUCAUACAUAAUAAAUCAAUCCAAGUACAGCAUGUUUGUUAUAAGAGUGACAUUUUUAACAUUCCCUUAACACAAUUUGUUCUCUUUUGUAGUCCUUGUUUGUGGCCAAGCUUUCUUGGGAUUUUUGACUGCCUCAAAAAAUAGAGUUUCUAAAAUGUACCUCAGAACACUUUGGUUGAAAUGCUUGAUUUAGCCAUGCAGAAAUAAUAAAUUAA